AUGAAAUUUGAUUUUUUUUUCUUUUUUUUUCAGCAAUUUUGUUCGGAAUUACCAAUUUUUCUUCGAGAACAUCGCGGUGGCUUAUAUCGUUCCGAUACAUAUUUCUUGGCAAAAAAUAUUGCCGAGAUACCUCAAUUUGUUCUUUUGCCCCUUUUAUUUACAACAAUUCUUUACUGGAUGGCAGGCUUAACGCCAGAAAUCAAAGCAUUUUCGAUUAGUUGCCUGAUUUGUAUUCUCAUGGCUAAUGUGGCCACCUCAUAUGGAUAUUUGAUGUCAUGCGUAUUCAAAAGUAUAGGUGUCUCACUUUAUCUUAUCAAUGUGAUUAUCUUACCUUCUAUGAUUACAGCUGGUUUUUUCAUAAAUCUUGCGACUUUGCCUCCAUAUUAUAGAAUAUUUCAAUAUAUUUCAUACUUUGGAUAUGCUUAUGAAGCACUUGCAAUAAUUGAAUGGACGCACAUUGAUUCCAUACCAGGUUGUAUAAAUGAUACAAAUUGCUAUCGAACAGGCAACGACGUAUUAGAUUUUCUCGAUUUUAAAAUUUCGAAUUUUUAUAGAGAUAUUUUCGCAUUAAUUACAAUGAUUUUUGUGAUUCGUAUCAUUGCUUAUGUUGCACUCUAUCUUCAAACUCGAAAGCAAUAA